AUAAGCGAUGUCAGCUUGACCACGACGCGGGGGACGCGAUACCGGCUACCGUUUACCGUCGCGUCUAUGACUGUCACGUGGUUAUCACUGUUAUCAGUGACCAUGCGGGUUUGUUUUGUAAAUAGAUGUGUAUGUGCGAGAUGCGAACGAACGUAAUGGGUCUAGUUAUUGUUACGUCUUGCUUUGUUUACGUGUUUACUUCGAAACGAGUUUAUACAAGUGCAAACCGAUUUAAUAUUAGAUAUGUAGGCUACAGCUUCUUGUUAUCGGCGAGGUCGUAUGUUCGGAUUUUAUUUCAAAGAAAUCUAGCGCUUAAGCCCACGCAAGUAAUAAGGUACAUUAUUGCUUUCAUAAUGAAUUAGCGUUAUGGUUCUUUUUUUUUUCGAUAAUUACAAAUAUUCCCGAUUUUGAUUUAAAAUUUCACGCUCAAUAAAUUAUUGUUUUUCGAACAGUUCUUAUCUCUACUAGUGUUGGCCCGUCGAACAAAAUUCAAACAUAUAAUUCAAAAGAUCUCACGACUCAGGUUCAUUUUAUGAAAAAUAUUUUUUCGUUCUUGACACAUUUUAUUUGUAAAGGUGAGAAAAGACUAAGCAAUAGCUAUUAAACCAACAAAAAAGAAAAUCGGUGGACAAACAGAUGGCAAAAGGAUUUUGUACUGUUGUAUCUGCCUGUUUAGAUUUAUAAAUUUAUCGAAUCCCUAUUUGCAAUAGUCCUAUUGUAUAAACACAAACACGAUUUUUUGCGCGCAUAGACCACUAGCUCCUAAUUGAUUACAUAUCAUUGCGACCUACUAACUCAAAAUAACAUUGUUGUGUGUCAGUAUGAGGCAACAGUUUAUAGCAUGUCCUGAUUAUGAAUAAUAAUUGUUUAAUUAGCUCUAAAAUAUUACGAGCUCCGUCGACGAUACUAGCCAUGGUGAGCAAAGGCGACAUAACCUAAGCUCGCAAAAAAGCUUGGAACUAAACAAGCAAACUCAUUUGAAAGUGCUCACGGGCCAUAGUCAAAAAAUCAAAGCAUGCAUUUACUAAUGCCUUAAAAAAUUCGAGCUAAGUUUUAAAUAGUAUCACUGAUUGUCUCCCAUUUUGGUCAAGGAUUGAUAGUAAGAUAUGGAAGUAGGUAGCUUGUAUAUUUUAAAUUUGAUCCAUUUUCAAAAUUUAGUUAGAAAAUAAUUGAAACAAGAUUGCUAACGGUAGGCAGCGGCUUGGCUCUGGCAUUGCUGACGUCCACGAGUGACGGUAACCACUCAACGUCAGGUGGUCCGUAUGCUCGUCUGCCUAUAAGGGCAAUAAAAUAUGAAGUUGAAUUCAAUUUUUAUAAUUUUUUUUUCGGAAAUUUCGAGUUAAUCCGACGUUUUGAAAGGGGUCAAAAUCAUGUUCAAAGAUUCCGUUACAUACUAACAUACAAACGUCUGAAGCUAAUAAAAGUGUAUUAAAAAAAGAUGACCGAAGCCUAAAUAUCAAACAUUUGGUCGGGAACACGGACUCCGCCACGGAGGCGACUGAGAUAAUGUUGUCGUUUAAAAACAUAUCUGAACAAGUACAUUUCAUAUAAAGUUCUUGAGACAAUGUCAGGGUCUUGCAUUUUUCUCAAUCGCGACCUCCGGUCUGUUCUGCUGAAUAUAUUGACAAAUAGAGCCUUGACCGAAUUCAACUAGACCGAAAAUUAACAAGCUCGAAGACUCGCGCACAGAAUUGCCAAUUAAUAAUUAGCGUGUAGCAUUUUUCAUGGCGCGGUGUACAUAAAAAAGAGACGUUAUUUCUAUAUUAGAUCAAGCAAGAUAUCGUUGAUUUUGUGGGUAUUUUAAUGCUUAUUACCGGAAAGUGAUCGAUUGGUAUGAAGUGGGUCGCAUUACUAUCUCUGAUCGCGGUGAGCGUGGUGCGGCUACCGGCUCCGGUGGUGAUCACCACCAGUGGACCAGUGAGGGGCAGGAUCAGCGAAAAUGGAAACUUUUAUGAGUACUUCGGAAUCCCGUACGCUACUGUUGACGAGAGGAAUCGAUUUCAGGCACCACUGCCCGCACCGCAAUGGAGCGAUAUCUUCGAAGCUACCAACGAAAACACGUGGUGUCCACAAAAAUCCAUUGGCCCUAUAGUCUUCGGAGAACCUGACUGCCUCAAGCUCAACGUAUACUCCCCAGUCAAGGCUGUGAAGCUACCCGUCAUGGUGUACAUUCAUGGAGGUUGUUUCUUUAGUGGUGCCGGAUCUCCAUACCUCUAUGGAGGGGAUUUCUUCGCCGAAAAUCAAGUAGUCUUCGUGGGUAUAAAUUACAGAUUAAGUGUUGAAGGCUUCCUCUGCUUAGGCAUCGAGGAGGCGCCAGGAAAUGCAGGACUUAAAGACCAGAUCGCAGCCUUGAAAUGGAUUCAAGAAAACAUAGCUAAUUUCGGCGGAGAUCCAGAUAAUGUUACAUUGUUUGGUGAAAGCGCUGGCGCUGUUUCCACGUCUUUCAUGAUACUUUCUCCGGCUGCUAGAGGCCUCUUCCACAAGGCCAUACUGCAGAGCGGUUCCUCCCUUGCGCCUUGGGCACUCCAGCAUGAUCCAAUAAGAACCGCGAGCGCUUUAGUCAAGAAAUUCGGUUACGAUACCAAAGAUCCGUACGAAAUAUACAGUAUUCUAUCGAAUAAGACUGUUAAUGAUUUAGUUCUCGCAUUAAAUAAUGAAGAAAAAUACUGCGUUGCUGAUUUCAAUAUUUUCGUGCCGUGCGUCGAAAGACCAAUUGAAGGAAUUGAAUCUGUCAUAACUGAAUAUCCCACGAACGUAAUCCGUUCAGGGAACUACACUAAAGUUCCAAUGAUAAUUGGUAAUACGGACAAAGAGGGCAUUUAUUUUGUGGCUGCAGAUUACGGCGUCAAAUUGGCGAAUCACACGAAUUUUGACAUCAUGAGCAAUCUGCAGAACGAUCUAGAAUUUCCAAAUGAUUGGGAAAGGAAUUGUACGGCAGAGAGAUUAAAGACGCAUUAUUUAUCUUCAUCGACAGAGGACAAUAUGAUCAUGAACGUGGUGGAACUAUACUCCGAUGUACACUUCAAAUUUCCUUCGGUUAUAGAAUCCGAGAUGUACUCCAUGACAACGGACCAACCCAUAUACUAUUACAUUUUCAAGUACAGCGGACUGAUAAACAUGCCCAAGUUGAUAUCAGGAUUUGGUUUGAUCAAGGGCGCCUCUCAUGCCGACGAGCUGUUUUACUUGUUCAAGCCUCACUCCUUUCCGUUGCCGCAGAAGUCACUCGAAAGUACUAUGAUAGCUCGCAUGCUGGAAAUGUGGACUAAUUUUGCUCGUUACGGGAACCCAACACCGAAACGAACUAAAAUUCUGCCUUACAUAUGGAACCCCAGCCGGGAGCCGAACCCUACCGCUUUGGUGAUCGAUUCCCGCAUCACCACCGCGCCGAUGUGGAACGAACAAUCCGUCAAACUAUGGAAUGAAACAUACAGAAAAUACAGGAAAAGAAAUUAUGGUUUCAAAGAUUUUUGUUCCAUUAGACAACAGUAAAAAAAUUAAUGUCCGAAGUAAAACCCGAAUUUAAACCAGUUUAUCACAUGUCAUUAGUACUUAAAACUCAGAAUUAUUAGUAGAACUAAAAACGUAUUGAUGUUUUGGACGUACUAAAUGACUGUCAAUGUCAUGACCGGAAGUUUGGAGCGUCAUUUCAUUAAUGUCACUUUGUCAUAACGACCGAUGUCAAAAUUCAGUCAUGAUAUAAAUUAAUUAACACAAAAUCUUUAAUUUUAAGUUUUGACUUUUUGCUAGCUGAACACAGAUCUGUUUGAUGAUAUACUUCGUUUUUUAUGUUUCAAGAUCUAAUCAUCCGAUAGUCAAAUUACGGAUCUGUUUACCAAACGGCAUGAAUACGAGUCACAUUUAUUGUAAACAUCGAGUAAUAGCAAAUGCAGUUUUUCACGCGCUAAUAACGAAUCUAAUAAAUGUUCGUAUGUAAAACAAUGAAAUUAAUGACGUAAAAUAUUAUUUAAUAAUUUACUUACAUUACAUUAUUAAUUAAUUAACUUAAACGAACGCUUUGUUCACCGGAUGUAUUUAAGUUGUCAGCUUUUUAAUAUCAAGUAUCCGCUAACUGCGUGAAUUUCCUCACAACGUUGAAAGAAUUUAUCGAUAAAUGCUACUCCCGAUUGCGAAAUAGAUCCUUAAUAUUUCAUAAACUCGCCUCUGCAACUUCAAACUCACUCUGUGAUGAGAAAACGCAUAUUAACCAUGUCACUGAAUAGACUGGGUAAUACUAAUAUACAUAUUUCCAAUAUCAGCAUGACAACUACUAUUGGCUACCGCUGACCGUAAGCGUGGAUUAGAACCAAACAGUCUGUUAUUGUUAGUAAAAAUAUGUCGUUUUGAAUCUAGUCUUUAUUUUAGUUUUAAGAAUUGAAUGUCUGGCUUGGGUUUAAGUGUUAUCUUGAAUACCAUUCCAAUAGCAAAAAAACUAACAAGCUUAUCAAAAUUAUGAACGGUGCUAUUGGCAUGUUUUUAUUCAAAUGAAGAACAGUUAAAGAGGGAAUAAUAAUACUCAUAGAUACUAUAUUAUUGUUGUUUAGAUUAUAUUUGCAUACAAUACGAUAUGUCUACAAUAAAGUGAUAUCUACAAGCCUCAUUUGACACAAGAUAUGCCACAGCAUCUAAGAACUACACAGCUAUUCUAUUUGUGGACAAUAGUUAUUAUCUACUGUCAAAAACAGGAUCCUGCGGUGUUAAAUCUCAACGCAUUAUUGUUGUCUACUUUUCAUUAUUAUGCAUUUGGACAUCUUCAACUGGACAAAACGACCGCAGAUUGUUUUUAACUGUUUAGAAACACAUUCUAGAUGCUAGCACUUGGUCCCUUGUAAAGACAUUCAAAAUGGUGCUAUAUAUUUUUUUAUGUAUUAAAUGUAUAAUUUAAUUAACUAGUUAUGGUAUAAAUUUAUAAUAUCAAAAUCAAACUAUAUUAUGUUGGGUGUUGUAAAGACUUUAUUAUUGUUAGAAAGAUUCAUUAAAUUAAUGUUAUCCGCGUUUUUUUGCCCUAAUCUUGCCGCAUGAUCUUGACGUUUUUGAACUAAGAAUUGGCUCGGAGGGUACUUUUAGAAGAAAGGGCAGUAGGUUCAUUGCUUUUGGGUUUAUAUUUCCGAUAUUUCGUUCGAAAUAUUUGUUUACGUGCACACACAGUACAUUGUAUACGAGUUAUUAAUAUACGCUUUGGAAUUCCUGUAAUAGAAACUUAAUUAUCAAAAAAGCUCUUGGCUUGGCUCUGCCCCUGGCAUUGCUGACGUCCAUGAGCGACGGUAACCACUCACCAUCAGUUGGGCCGUAUGCUCGUCUGCCUAUACGGCAUUAAAAAAUAAAAUAACCAGCUAGUUAUGUUCUAGCUCAACACACAUCAGAAGCUGUAGUUGUGUGUUUGAGCCCUGACAAAAUGAGUUAAUUUAUAAAUUCAUUUCUUAAACUUGUGCAAUAUUUUUACUAAAUGUUUUAUGACAAAAUACUUCGGUGUAUCGCUAUCUUCUUUAUUGUUUAUUAAAUUUUAUGUUUCUCGUACCAAAUAUAAAUUGAUUACUUUUCAAAUUCAUCAAAUGAAUGUUAUGUGCAAUAAGUGUAUUUAAUUAAAAGUUAAAAAUACACUGUAAUUAUUGAUAGAUUUUUAUUCGGUUCACAAAACCAAUGUUGUGUGCAAUAAAUAUAUUAAAUAAAGAAUUAAAAUAUCCCGGGAUUA